AUGGAUACGAUCCUUGUGUCAGACUUUCAGUCCCCAUCUAACGAGCUGGACGGCAAUCAAAUCGACGCGUCGCCAAAUCUCGGCUCUCCCUACGACGCUUUUGACUUCGGUCCCACCGACUCCCACUUCCCCCACACGCCCUCCUACAACGGCUCGUACCAGAACUCCCCCUACUCCAUCAUCUCCGACCUCCCCUCUUUCGACGACGACAACGCCCUCAGCCUCUUCGACAACCCAUCCGGAAUCACCAUCACGGAAGAAUACGACCCAACGCAAUACGAUAUACCCGACUCCGGUGAUCUGCUGACACUUGAUCAAGGAUUCAUGUCUGGAGAGGCCUUUCCGCACGUAUCCAUAACCCCCGCCCCCAUGUUCGACUCAAAGGCCCCUGCGUCGAACGAGUCCGGCCCAUUUGAACACAGCUCGCCAGCUUCCAGCAACGGAGCGGAGGACGACGCCCGGAGCCAUGCGUCCUCCAACUCCUCGUUCCGACAGAACAACGGCUCACCCCACCUGGACUUCGAACAAAACUUCGAGGGCCUGCACUUCGAGUCGCCAGCGUGGCCUAACCGGAACCUACCCUCGUCCCCUCCAGUGCAGAAGGCCCCGUCGCCGCCCCAACUGGUCAUCCCUGCCAGCCCAGCUCCGAGCUCGACCGGACUUGACGCGACGUCGCCUCCGACCAUCAACGCACCUGCGGGCGAUGGCAUGCACACAGGCCCGCAACUCCACAUCGUGCCCGCGACGCCCGUCAGUGGAGGUGCUGACGGGGCGCAACCAUCCUUGUUCCAGUCCGUACCCUCGGGUGAGUGUUGUCUAUUCUACUCGCAGUCUACUUGUUCAUGUGUGUUCCCCCAGACCGUCAACAAGGGAUGGCAUCCUCAGAUCCGACAAACUGGGAUGUCCAUGCGCAGCUGUCGCAAUCCGGCCAGGAGCAAGGUGUGUUGCCCUCAGUUGCACAAUCAUGCAUUGUCUCACGGCAUGAAAUGA